AUGGAUUCUAAAAUCAUUGAAACCUCCAUAAACGUGGAAAAGGCUCAUGAUGAGCUGGUCGACGUGGAGAUUGAAAAGCUCGCGGCUUCAAAGGCGUACGAUUACUCUGGAGCAACAAGCAAGACCGAUCCUGCGGAAAUCGCCCUUGUCAGGAAGCUCGAUUACCGAAUCAUGCCGAUGAUUUGGGCGAUGUACUUCUUGAACUAUCUGGACAAAAACGCCAUUGCCUCAGCACGUCUCAACAAAUUGGAAGAUGAUAUCGGCCUCACAGGUUCCCAAUACAAUACUUGCAUUUCGAUUCUCUUCGUUGGAUAUUUGUUAAUGCAGCUACCAUCCAAUAUGCUCAUGGCAUCCAAAAAGAUUCGACCGUCAAUCUACAUGGGCUGCUGCAUGGCAUUGUGGGCCGUUUGCUCAGCGUGCACUGCUUUGGUCCAGAACUAUCACGGCCUCGUGAUCGCCCGUUUUUUCCUGGGAGUCGCUGAAGCACCUUUCUACCCCGGUGCCUUAUUCAUCUUGUCCAUCUUCUACACAAGGAAAGAGAUUGCUACCCGUAUUGCAAUUCUGUACUCCGCCAAUAUUCUCUCCACCGCAUUCUCCGGAUUGAUCGCGGCUGCCAUAUUUUCUACAAUUGACGGAGCGCAUGGAAUCCAAGGCUGGCGAUGGCUGUUCAUCAUUGAAGGAGUCGUCACCUUCGGCAUUGCGCUCCUAUCCAUGUUCGUGCUGCCUGACCAUCCCUCGUCGACACGCUGGCUUUCCGAAGCCGAGAUGGCUAUAGCACAAGAAAGGAUUGCCAGAGAUACUGUGGAGAAGACGGAAUCCCAGAGUGCUCUCCAGAACUUGAAGAUCGCAUUUUCCGACCCCCGCCUCUACCUUCUGGCCUUGAUGCAAAAUCUCCAUCUCUCUGCGGCCGGAUUCAACAACUUCUUCCCUACGGUGGUCGGUACACUUGGAUUCAAUCGCACGGUUACGCUGGCCCUGACAUGUCCGCCAUUUCUAUUUGCAGCUAUUUUUGGGCCCCUCCUUGCACUCAGCUCUGGAAGAUUCAACGAGCGUACGUGGCACAUCACUGGUGGUAUGGCUAUGGGUAUUGCGGGUUUUGCGAUCGCAGCCGCGACACUUAACACGGCUGCUCGAUAUGUGGCCUGUUUUCUGUUCUCGGCUGGUGUCUAUUCCGUCAACUCCUGCAUCCUCGGGUGGGUAUCGGCGACGCUCGGACAGACGGCAGAGAAGAAAGCCAUUUCCUUGGGAUUCGUCAACAUUGUAGCCAACGCAUCCUACAUCUACACCCCGUACUUGUACCCAAGCUCUGAUGGUCCGCGCUACCUACCGGCGAUGGGCGCCAAUGCAGGCUUCGCAGCAGGAACCGUACUUUGCGCAUGGGGGCUGAAGGUCUGGCUGAUGGCGGAAAACCGGAAAUUGAAAGCCAACUCUGGGGAUAUUGGACUUGCGUACGCUUACUGA